UUUUAUGUGUGUGGGGGUGGGAGGGUGUUUUGGUAUGCUUUUAUUUUAUUUUAUUUUCUGAAUUAGCUGCUUUUAAGACAAAUGACAGCUUGAAUACAUAAAUAAGAGCUGAGACGACUCCUCCCCCUCCCAGCCUCCUCUUUUGAGUUUAGUUUCCCAGUCCUUCCCCCUAACUUAUAUGGGGAAAAAAUGUUACAAGUGCCUUUUUUCUUCAGAACGUGUGAAUUCGGUUCCCCUGGCACCAUCAGCAUGGGGGCUGUUUACUGGGGGCUUUGUGGAGCCCAGCAGAUUUCCACACAACUCCUUCCAGUGUCCUCUGUGGAGUUCGGGACAGUGGCAGUGGGUAGUUUUAUACUCUUACUUAAGAUCACUGGUGACUUUUUUUCCCCCCUGUAGUCUUGUAUUUCUCUUUGUAGUUGGAAGGUUCCCCCUGGGCUAGCCACCUGGGUCUAAUGGUAUCACCACAGAAGACAACGACAAGGGCAGAGUUUAAUUACAGAAGUGAAUUCAAGUGAAGUCAAAGCUCUUACGUACUCUCCCUUUUGUUUCUCUUCCCCUGUCUCUUGUCUGACUGGUAGACUGGGUACAGGACGGCCCUCCUGAGCUGACUGUGAGUUCUUGUCAUUCCCUACUGAGAAUAUGACUGUGUUCUGUUAUAUAGUAGGCUGAUGCAAUGGUUGGGGACAAGCCUUGUACAGGCCAUCCAGUCUAGUGGUCAAAAGUGAGACUUGCGGUCUGGAAGGAUGUGGUGUCAGUUGAGAGGCUGGUGGACAAGUGGACUUCCUGUCCUGUUAGCAGAGCUGUACUCUGUUCAGGCUUUGUUCUUAUGCCUUGGGACACUCAAGGCCUCUGUGACUGGGAAGAAAUUCACAUCGCUUCCUAGAACUUGCCAGGGUCUCACCCUUUUCUAGAAGACCCUACAUCUCCCUUGCUCUACUGGGGUUCCCACUCAUUGGGUGACCCCUCCCCAGGUUUCCUAAUGCCUCUCUCAUAUGCAUUAUAGAAUUUGAGCUCCAUAAUCCUUCAGGUUUGGCUGUGUGUAACUAUGUGUAACAUAAGAAAGGAGGGGUUAAGCAGCAAACGCUGACACGUACAUUCAGCUGUUUUCCUUUUAGCAUCAAAUAGAAGCCCUUUCUUUGGUUUUAUAGCUAUUCCUUUAGUGGGCACAUGCUAUCCCAUGGAUGGAUUUAAUAGUUUAAUUUUGGUAUUUUACUUAGCCUUUCUUUCCUUUUAAAAAACCUAUCAUUGUUGAGUGUAUGUCUGAGUUGUUUGCGUUUGUGUAUGUGUGUGAGUUCGGAAGUCAGAGGCCCACUUUGUGGAGCCAGUUCUCUGCUUCCAUCAUCAUUAACCAGAUGGCGCUUCAUGGACAACCCCAUGCGGCUCACGUCACAGCUGUGCCUGAGUGAGUUCUGGGGACUCAGUAGUUUUAAACAGAACCAUGGAAACCUCUGUGACAACUCCCUCCAGCUCCAAGAGUGCCGGGAGGUGGGGGGUGGUGCCUCUGCGGCCUCGAGCGUGCUACCUCAGUCUGUCCCCUCCACCCCUGACAUCGAGAGCGCAGAGCUGACACCCAUCCUGCCCUUCCUGUUUCUUGGCAAUGAGCAGGAUGCUCAGGACCUAGACGCCAUGCAGAGGCUCAAUGUCGGCUAUGUCAUCAACGUCACCACACACCUUCCUCUCUACCACUAUGAGAAAGGCCUCUUCAACUACAAGAGGCUGCCAGCCACAGACAGCAACAAGCAGAACUUGCGGCAGUACUUUGAAGAGGCAUUCGAAUUCAUUGAGGAAGCUCAUCAGUGUGGGAAGGGCCUUCUCAUCCACUGCCAGGCCGGCGUGUCCCGUUCUGCCACCAUUGUCAUCGCCUACCUGAUGAAGCACACACGGAUGACCAUGACUGACGCUUACAAAUUCGUCAAAGGCAAACGACCAAUUAUCUCCCCGAACCUCAACUUCAUGGGGCAGUUGCUGGAAUUUGAGGAAGACCUAAACAAUGGCGUGACACCACGGAUCCUUACACCAAAGCUGAUGGGCAUGGAGACAGUUGUGUGACAGCAGACAGGCUAGAAAGGGUCAUGCUCUGUUAGGAGCAGAACAGGAAGGAAGGUGGAUUCUGGCUUGUCUUUCUUCCUCCUUUCCUUCCUUCCUUCCUUUUUUUUUUUUUUCUUAUUUCUUUUUCUUUUUUUUUUUUUUUUAAGGUCAGGGGUGUUUGUGAAAGGAAACAAACUUGUCGAAAGACUCUAUUUUUAAUAAGUGUAAGAAGACUGUAACUUUGGAUGCCCAUGAGACUCACUUCUCUUAAACUGGUAUUGCAGUUAAGCUAAAGAGAUCUUUUUUUUUUUUUUUUUUUAAGCCAACAAAUAAAAAUACUAUAAAACUUGUUUCUCCCCAGUUUCCCUUGUAAGCUUACUGUAGAGUUUUGACUCAAUAGUCUGUGCGGGCUCAUAGACAGAAGAUACCACCCUUCAAUUACAAACAACCAAAAGGCAACGGAAAAGACUCUAGACCUGGAACCGACCUGGACAACCAUGUCGAAAGCAAGCCCGUUAAACCGUGCACAGCUGUGCUCACCGGUGCGAAGAGAAGGGCGGGCAAACCCGGUGGUCUCAGCUCAGCUCACCUCACACCUUCUCUGGGGAGACAGGCUAGCAUCGAUUUUGUGUGCUCCAUGCUCCCGACAACUUUCUCCCUUCUCUGGGUCUGAGAGAACUUUUGUGUGUGUGUGUGUUUGUUUAACACAAAGAAACUGACGUUAUACCGUGUGCCUUUGCUGGCACUUGUGCAAUAAAAAUGUGUUUGGAGUGUGAGGCUAAGGUAGGGCUGGCAGCUGAGUGAGGACUGGAGUCAGCUUGGAGGCAGGAAUUCAACAAUACCAGUGGCUUCCCCUCCCUCCUUCCUCCCUUUUCCCCCCCUUUCUUUCUUCCUCCUCCUCCUUUAAUUUUUUUUUUCUUUUUGGAUUUGAUUCUGGUUACAGUGCCAUAAACCUUGUUACAUAUGUAUAUCAGAAUGUAAAAAAAAAAAAAAGACAAAAAUUUAUUUAAAAAAUAUUUUUCGCAAAAAAAAAAAAUCCUUGGUGUGUUUUUGUUGAUGGUGUAAGAAUUUAUUUUCAUUAUAUAAAUGAAACUCGUUUGGGGA